AUGAAAAAGUUUGUACAGCAUCAGAAAUAUGAUGACGUUGCACUGAUUAACGACAUAGCCUUAAUAGCGACGAAGGAGAGGUUACCGCUAAACAAUGUGGUGAAAAGGGUCAUCCUCAUGAAACGACCACCGCAGGCGCAGUACGCGUACGUGUCUGGAUGGGGUCUCGACGAGAAAAACAGGAUACAAACGGCGUUGAAGCACACCAAUGCACAGAUACAGAAGUUGAACGUAUGCAGAAAUAUGGGUUAUCUUCCUAGCGGGGUCUUCUGUGCUGGGCCUGUCACAGGACUUGGGGCUGCAGACCAAGGAGAUUCAGGCGGAGCCCUCGUAAUCAAAGAAUACAUCCAAAUUGGUCUUGUGUCAUACAAAGUGGAAAAAUACAGCUUGGUAGCUUACACCAACGUGUCCAUGUAUAUUGACUGGAUUCAUAAGAACGCGAGGAACAUAGUAUGUGCUAAAGGAUGA